AUGCAUGGAGCGAAUUUUCAUGAAACUGUCCAGGCCACUAUAUUGGGUGUCUGUGUCAAAAAUGGACCAUGGCCUUUCGAUUACGGUGGUAAAGUGGCUUGCCUCUCACCACCGCGGACAUAUAAGGUCACUGAUGGUAAAGUCUUUUAUACUACUCAUGCCCCAUCCAUGGAAGUUGUGAUGCUUGCUUCACGCGGUAGAACAAUGCCUAAGGGUUCAUAUGGUUACCUUCGUCUAUCAAGGCAUGUAGUUUCUGUAGAAUUGGAAGGAAGCCUGAAUGUUGUCAUACAAGCCUACUCAGAAUCUGGUGAUAUCACCGCACAAGGUGAGGUUUGCUUCACGCCCAAAGCUUGCAAUAUAAGUCAGGAGACAUGUUUCUUGGGUGACCGUGACCCUAAGGUGGAAGUGGAGAUUACUGUCGCUUGGUCUCUUCUUGUUUCGAACAGGCGUCAUUUGAUGAUGAAUGGAAUGGACUUUGACGAAUUGAAAGAAGCGGUCAGUGGGAUGGGGGUUUGA